UAUGUUUCCUCCAUAACCCCCCACUGCUCCUGGUGUCGGAGGUCUGAUGCGGUGACAGCUGUGUGUCUGUUUGUAAUGGAUAAGUGUUUCCCUGUUCCGUAAUUAGCACAAGAUUAACGAACUCUCAGACAGCAAACAAAGGGCUGAUUUGGCUUGUCUUUUGCCUUGAUGCGUGGAAAGUCUGGGUGGAGUAGCUUCUAUAGGCUUAGCGGAAUCUUCACUCGUGUGUUCCCCUUCCAAGCCUAAAGAAAUAAUGAAAGGGUAUAGAAGGAGGCAAAACAUUUCGAAAAUAUAAGUCAAAGUAGGGCCUGGAGCUAAGCUGUCAAUGUCGUUUGCAUCCCAGUCCAAAUUCAGUUCACAUUACUCGGUUACCUCAGUCCGAAGCCACUAGACAUAUAUUUUUUAAUAUUUUGUAAGAGAUUCCUUCCAUUAUGGAGCGAUUCGCACUGACAACCUGCAUUCGCCGUGUCUGGAUCAUGUCCGGAUGGCUGCGCCAGGAGGCUGCAAUAGCAGCCGGCAUGUUGGUGGUGCAGCGACACCAGGUCGAGCUGAGGAAUAAGGAGGAGGAGGGACUCAAUGUCGGACAGCAGGCUGCACCCAGUGGCGGCGACAUGGGCGUGGACUCGCAAGGAAGACUCCGCCGUGUGCGGCUGCUAGACGACUACAUCGUGCCCUUUGAGUGCGGUCUUUGAUUCUCGAUCCGCAUCUCCUGUUCGCCGAUCUGGUCCUGGGCCACAGCGCAGUUAGUUCAUUUCGCAUUCGGAGUAGUUGACAUUUAAGUAGUUCGAUUCGUGAAACCGCUUCCCCAAAUUUUGGUCAGACGGAAUCUUCAUUGUGUGCUCUACGUGGACGGAGAACGAAAACAAAUAUUUUAAUCGAAGAUAUAGCCCCAAAAAGCAUGUUAUUGUAAAUUUUAUAUUUUCACGAGUAGUUCGCGUUAAUCUCGACGUUUUAGCGACUUUAAAAUUAAACAAUCAUAGCAUCUCAA